ACUGGUUUUAUGGUAGGAUUAGAUAUAAACAAUGCAAGAAUAAUUGACUUUCAACAACUUUUUUCUCAAAAAUUACGCGUUUCCGCAUGGUCUAACUUUGGGUGUGUGCUUAUAAUAGUGUAACUUUUCUGUAAAAAUACGUAUCAACCCCCAACUCGACGGGAGUCAAUGAAAAGCUUAGCCGAAAUUAGAAAGCAUCAUAUUACCUAGUCUGUGUUAGAAAAUUAGAAAUCAAUGUGAGAUGUCCGCACAAACUAUAUAGAUUAUAGAAUGGAUGUCCGUCUGAUUCGGUAGAAUCUAGAUUGAUCUAGAUCUACUAGUUAGUCUGUGUUAGAAAUUUAGAAACACUAACGCGCACGCGUACAAUUGUAUAAUGGGAUUUGAAGAAGGCAGCAUAAUUUUAAAUAGUGAAAAUGGAACUUAUUAUGCCGGACAAACUAUUUACGGAAAAUUUGUAUUCCAACAAAACAAGGUUAAAACUUUUACAGGUUUAUAUGUUAAAGUAAAAUGUUUUUGUAAAGUGCACUGGACCACAAACCACACUCGAAGACAGGAUAAACACAUCGUAAAUUACACUGAAACUCAUGAGUCCUAUGAGGAGUAUUUUAAAAGGAAAGUGUAUCUACUGGGCAGUGAAGAUGGUGAGUACCACCUUCAGCCUGGUAAACACGAGCUUCUGUUCGAUUGCCUAAUUCCUGCUUGCUGUCCAUCAUCUUUUGAAGGCACUUAUGGCCAUGUUCGCUACGAGAUUAAGAUUGUAGUUCAUAGAGCUUUUAAUUUCGACCAGGAGAAGAAAAUGCAUAUACGAGUUAUUACUCCAUUAGAUCUGAAUGUGGAACCAUAUUGUAAGGAACCGAUGCAGUUUGACAUAGAAGAUACAUACUGCUGCUUGUGCAUGAUAUACGGCUCCAGUGAGACCGUUGUUAAACUGCCUGUGUCUGGGUACUGUCUCGGACAGGUUAUACCCAUUAAGGUGGACUGUUCAAAUCAGAGCAAGGUUAAGAUUAACAUCAUACUCUCCCUUACAAAGAAAAUAACCUUCCGUGCAAACGUAAACCCGGACACUAGGCACGAAACGGAAACGAUAGCAGAGAUCAAAAAAGGUCCUAUUCCCGGAGGUGCCACCAGAAGCUGGAUGGUGGAUAUGGAGGUGCCUGCUAUAGAUGUGUACAACUUCGGAUUCUGUCAGUACAUUGGUAUAGACUAUGAGUUUAAGGUACGUGAUAUUUUCUUAAGAGGCACUGAAACUAUAAACAUCAGUAUCUUUGAUCAAAGUUUUUGAGUUAAGACUGUCUCGCGCGGUCGUAAAAAUAGUGACAUUUAAUGCGCGGACAGGUCAGGCGAGAAUCACUCGCGCGGGGCGGACGGUUGAGUGGAUAAUCAUAUAGCACAUAAUAAAAGAAGUGAAAGUAAACAUUUUUUUUCCUUUUUUUAGAUUCAAGAAAACAAAAACGAUGAAAAGCACAUCUGAUACUGCUAUAACUGCCGAUAACUGGCUAUCCUCCCUGCUAUGGGGAAGAACAUAUGACUGUUUAUUUACUAUGAUAAAUAUUUUAAAAUGGUUUAUUAUAUGUUAAUGGUUGUAGCCUUUCUUUAUUAGGUGACUGUUACUCCUAAAGGAUGUCACUGUGCCAUUGAAGAAAAGAGGCGUAUUGUCAUCGGCACGAUCCCGUUGGUCGGGCAACAGGACAACGUCCCGAAUCCUCUACAAGACCAAAUGCCGAUCUUGAAUCAAUCUAUGUUUCCCGCGAGCCCCAAUCCACCGAACCUUUACGAGAAUAUACCAUAUCCUGGCACAAACCAACCUUAUCCAGGUGUAACUCCGUCUGACCCCAGUGCAAACCAACCCUAUCCGGGUGCGGCUGCGCCUUACCCUGGUGCAACUUUGGCGUACCCCUUAAAUCCGCAAAUAAGCAUUUCACCAUAUCCAGGUACAAAUAUACCUAGCCCAAAUCCACCAUAUCCCACAUCACCUACUCCGAUCAACUCACCUUAUCCCGCGGUCAACUCGACUCCACAUCAAAGCUUGGCUCCUUAUCCCUCUAACAAAUCACCUUAUCUGGCACAAAACCCAUUGCCAUACCCCAACGUACAGUAUCCUCCGGAAAUCAAUCGAAGCCAAGUUUUAACCGGUAGUAGUACCGCACUGAAGACAGGAACCAUUGGUUUUAUUGUACAAGGUGAUACUAAAGCUGUCCCAACACCUUCACUACCACCUGGUGCUGAUCUACCUUAUCCUACUACUGUAAGUAUUCAUUAUUUAUAAUAACUGAACUGAAUAAUUUAAUAUAGUCGAGAAAACAACGACUUUAAAUUAUUUUAUUUCAGCCGGCAAACAAUUCAUAUGCCACAGCCAGCGCGCCUGGACCCGCCACACCCGAUCAUGAAAGUAAGAACUAAUUUAUGUACAGAUGACGAAAGAAAGAUAUAUUUAUUUUUCUAUUUAGAGUUUUUAGAAGCUAAUGUGAAACAAAACAUGUAUAUCUGCAGAUUAAAAUUGGAGAUUGAAUAUAUGAGGUCAGUAGGGAACGGAUUGUGAAGACAGAACAAAGCGUGCGUGCGUGCGUGCUUGCGUGCGUGCGACGAUUAUCACUUUUCACGUAACAUUGUAAAUUAUUACUUAAAAAAAGGCAGGGACUUUUUCCAAACUAGUGGUGAAAGCAUGAAUAACUUUUAAUAUUAACUUAUUACGCGUAGUCUUUUCGAUCGUUCAUCAUUUAUUUCAGUCUAUCAAAAGUAUUAUAAUAUUAGUGGGAAGAAGCCACUACCCCAUAUCAUCUCGUGGGUGUUGUAAGAGGCUACAGAGAGAAAACUGAAACAGGAGAUGGGCAGUACCAUCUUCUUGAUAACAACUGAAAAUAAUAAAACAAUUGCAAAAGUGACAGCGACUGAUCCGAGUCUCUAUCUGAGAGAGAGAGAG